UUGUCAAUCAUGUCAGCUGGGCGGCGAGCGCCGAAGUAUUGUUUUUGUAAAUUGUAAUUUGAUUUUGUAAUUAUGUUCCUGUGUGAUUUAAUUUAAAUAAAAACCAUGAGUGUAUUAAUUAAUUCAAGUUUAAUGCAUAGAAUAAUGCAAAAACAUUUUAAAACGCAUAAAAUAUUUAAUCGUCACAUUACAAAUGUUCCGAAAAAGAAAACUGCCAGUUCUGUUUAUCGUAGCAUGAAUAUAUUCGAUAGAAAUGCGAAGAUUUUACAAAAAGAAAGGUCAGCUCAAGAUAAAGAUUAUCACUUAUAUGAGUAUGUAAGAGAGGAAAUUGGCUGGCGUACGGCAGAUAGGAUAUUUGAUAUUAAGAGAACAUUCAAAAAUGCAGUGGAACUGGGAGCGGGCCGCGGUUAUGUCUCUAGACAUUUCUUACCGGACAGUGUUGAGAAGGUCACCCUUGUUGAUACAUCCCAGACACAUUUAGAUAAAGCUAUUGUUGGUGAUGGUGUUAAGGUAGAUAAGGUUGUGAUGGACGAAGAAAAUAUUGAUUUUCCUGAAAACAGUAUUGACCUUGUUGUGUCUUCAUUGGCACUGCAUUGGGUUAACGACUUACCAGGAUGCUUUGAUAGAAUCAUGAAUUGCUUGAAACCAGAUGGGGUGUUUAUAGCGUGUAUGUUCGGAGGUGACACCCUCAUGGAGCUGCGGCAGUCCAUCCAGCUGGCGGAGAGCGAACGUCUGGGCGGAGUGUACCCACACGUGUCGCCCUUCACCAGGAUACAGGAUGUGGGGGGCCUGCUCAAUGCCGCGGGGUACACCCUGCAGACGGUGGACGUGGACUCGAUGUCGGUGUGGUACCCGAGCGCGUGGCACGUGAUGCGCGACGUCCGGCGCUCGGGCGAGGGGAACGCGGCGCACAACCGACCCGCCAUGCUCGCACGCGACGUACAGUUCGCGGCCGCCGCGCUCUACGACGAGAUGUACGGCAAGGAUUUCCCUGAAAAGGAGUCCCGCGGUGUCCCGGCAACUUACCAGAUAAUAAACCUUGUGGGCUGGAAACCAGACCCCUCUCAACCGACACCAAUGGAGCGCGGUUCUGGUGAAGUGUCGCUGAAGGAUCUGCACAAGAUUGACGAGAUUAUCACGCACACGGGCAAAGUACAUUUACGAGAUGAAGACCUUAAAUAAAUAAGUACUUCGUUAUUAAUACUAGACGGACUUCCACACAUAUUCCACAAAAAUAAUAAUUUAUAAAUAAAUAAAUAUCUAGCCGCUACGCAUAGCUUGUGCCACUGUGAUAUACAAUACAAGAGACCGACAAUACAAGACUACAACUAUGAAGUCCGUGUUUACCAAUUUUUGCGGGGCAUAUGGGCGUGGCGUACAAGCGAUCAAAAUUAACCAAUCACAUCGCUUCCCGACGAAAUCGGUAUUAUAUUACUGUGUAUUAUACGACUAAGUUUUAUUGAACUUGUGUAAAUGACGAGAAGCAAUAACUCUCACGAUUUGGUAGUAUUAUAUACAAUAAUAAUUAAUGAGUAAGAAAAUUGUACUCACCAGUGAAAUCUAAUGUUACAGUGAGCUUUGCUUUGAACCACUGUUCAAUUUACACCACAAAACGGAACGUACCAUCAUUUUUGUAGCUUACGUCUCGUGUUGCACGCUCUGUGUCUGAAUGCCAACUGAACGCGCAUGAAACGUCAUUUUGUUAGUAGAGGUCACUUGACCGCUGCUCGGUCCAAGGGAAAAGCUUAGCGGACGAGUUAUUGUUAGUCUAUUCUCUUUAAAUGUAUUUGUAAUACGAUUAUAAAAUGAAUGUACUUGCGUAGAGCAACGGCGGGGAUCUUUGGGGGGGACUGCGGCUGAGUCGUACGACUUAAGUCUCAAGCUCACGUGUAAAUUCAAAUUUGAUUAUUGAAAAUAGGAUUUAAAAUCACUUAUUGAAUGUAAAAAACUAUCACCAAUAGUAUGCAUCAGACAAUAGCCUGAGGGCGUUCGCUCCAUUCCACACAAAUGUUUUUAAUGAUUCAUUUGAAUUUGGUAACACAUUUGUUUUGUACAUUUGUCUGGCAUGAUGUUGUUAAAAGCAUAUACAUCGGCCAGUAAAAAUUUACUAACUCCACUUAACCGAGUAGUAGGCAUAACAAAUUUAUGUUUGUUCCUCUUGUUAACCUUAUGAUUGUCGCAGUUUCUAGCGAAUUCGUUAGUGUGAUUAUGAACACAAAAGGCUUUAUCAUGCAGCGGUCAAAAUGUUUUUUUUCUUGAUUUUUUUUAAUGAUUCUGUAGGACCUAGGCUAUAAAUAGCUGGAAUAGUAAUAAAUAAUAGACCUUAAUGCGCAAUAUGUUCGAGUUUUUAUUUAUAUUUAUUAUAAUGAGAUAAAAAAAUUAACAUACAACUAAUAAGCGCAAUCGUAUUGUCACUGUAAUGGACAGAUUAUGUGGUGGGUCAUCUUCCCGUUUCUUCACUUGUUACAUUUAACAACAUUAACAGCAAUUUAGGUCUACAAAAAGUGUCUUUAUAAAAAUUCAAUUGCAAAAAUAUCUGGGUUUUUAUUUAUUGUAAUAAUUAUAUUAGUUCUAAUUAAUAAUUAGAUGUACAAAUAAAUUGUGUUAUUUGUUA